CUAUCAAUCGCACUUAUCCAGAAAUUAAUUGACCGCUGUCAUGAAUUCUAUUUCAGGUAUCAUUGUGGGUGCUUCGGCCGAGGAUAUUCUUGCAGGUGCUUGCGACCAAGGAUGGCUUCGCCUGGACGGGAACUGCUACUUUUACAGCACCGAUAUGGAAACGUUUAUGGCGGCCAGAUUGAAAUGCAAGGCCAAAGGUGGCGACUUGGCCAGCGUACACAGUUCACAAGAGCAAAUGUUCCUAUAUAACAACCGACGGGUAGGUCAUACGUACUGGUUGGGAUACAGCGACUUCGAUACUGAGGGUGAUUAUGUCUGGACUGACGGAACCAAGAGUGACUACACCAACUGGGGUCCCGGGCUGCCAGACAACUACGGCUACGAGGACUGUGCCUACAUGGACCCCGACUUCUACGGACCCGGAGGCAACUGGAAUGAUGUCUGGUGCUUUCGUAACUACCGGUACAUCUGCAAAAAGAGGAUCACACCCUCGAGCUGCGAUGACAAACCGUGUCUUAACGGCGGAGUCUGUCAAAGCGAUGGGACCGGUGGUUACCAGUGUAACUGCAAGGCAGGUUACACUGGCAAAAACUGCCAAGAAGACCACCAUUGCAAGUCGGGCUGGAACAACUAUGGAGACUUCUGCUAUCGCUUCUCGGAUGAAUAUGAGUACUUCGGCGAUCGGCAAACGUGGGAGGGCGCCCUAGGAAGAUGCCAGUCGGACGGGGCAAGCCUCGUCAGCAUCCACAGCAAGGAGGAAAGCAACUUCAUUUUCGAUCACAUGGGCUACAGUAGAGGCCGUUUUUGGAUUGGUCUUACCGAUAAAGAGGUGGAAGGGGUGUUUAAGUGGAGCGACGGAACGCAGCUGGACUUCAUCAACUGGAGUCCGCGGAUACCCGACAACGCUGGCAACGAGGACUGUGCGCACAUCGAUCCCACAUUCUUCGGCUCGCAGUGGUCAGACGUUUGGUGCGGCCAAAUAUACGGCUACGUGUGCAAGAAAACUGCUGAAAACGUUGACGACUGCGCUUCCCAGCCGUGUCAGAAUGGGGCUACCUGCAACGAUUUGUACAAAGACUACAGUUGUGUGUGUCCCGAUGGCUUCGAGGGAAAUGACUGCGAGAUCAAUAUCAAUGAAUGUGAACAACUGAAGCCAUGCCAGAACGGUGGUGCGUGCACCGAUUUGAUCAAUGACUACCGAUGUGAUUGCGUGGCUGGCUACGAAGGAAAGGAGUGUCAGAUCAAUAUCGAUGAAUGUGACCCGCAGCCGUGCCAAAAUGGUGGCGCUUGCACCGAUUUGAUCAAUGACUACCGAUGCGAUUGCGUGGCUGGCUACGAAGGAAAGGAGUGUCAGAUUAACAUUGACGAGUGCGCGUUAACAACUUGCGUACGUAAUCUCGUCUGCGUUGACGGCGUCAACUCGUACUGCUGCGUGGCUAAGUCUUAGAAGUGACUUAUCUCACCAUUGGAAUAAUGACUGCUUGACAAACAUUCGAACGCAGAAGAAAAAUUAAGGAGGUCUCUGUGAAAGUUUCAUUUCAUCACACAGGCCUGUCAUUUGCUUUUGUUUUUGUUGUUGUUGUUGUCGUUGUUGUCGUUGCUUAAAUAAUUUUGAUUAUGCCAAGUACGCCUAACCAUCUGAAAUCACUUUACCAUUACAAAUUGGUCUCCAUUGUUGUAAAGCACGAGCCUGUCUGUAACAGCAGUUUUUGAGCUACGGCGUCUCAAACGUUUUCGGACAAAUUAUUCGCCUUUUAUCGUUUCUCAUUUCCUUCAUUUUGUUUUCCUUUUCUUUUGACUUGAUUUCUUGUGUGUGAAAUGACUAAAUAAAUCGAUAGACAGUGGAAAGCUCACAUUCAUAUGAAACAUCUAUCUAGAGAAAUGUUACGAUUAUUUUUUUUCUGACACCAAUUUUGAGAUCACCUUCAGGUUAAUACCAGUCGCAGAAUAUUCCUCAAAAUCUGCAUAAUCUUAGAACUGUCAAUGUUUCAUAAUAGUGAAGAAAUAAAACAAAAUCAUGCUAACAUG